AUAAUUUCAUUACAUAUCCAAAUCACUUUCUAAACAGCGAUCCAUUUCUUUUCAGCUCUUCUUCUUCACCCUUAAAUACAAAUUCCCAAUUUCUCUCUCCUCUCUCUCUCUUGAAUGUCUUGAUUCUUCCUUCCGUUGCUGAUUCAUUGUUCUCACGCUAACUUCUAGAGAAAGAAAGUAGAGAGAGAUUCGAUCGUCUUCUUCGCUCGGGUUUUUCCGCCAUGGGUUGCAUAUCUUCGCGUGACAAAGCUACUACUUCUGAUGGUACUAAGAAGAUUCGAAAGCCAAAGCCAUGGAGGCACACGGAACCAAUAACUAGGGCACAACUGAAUAAGAUGCGUGAGGAAUUCUGGGACACUGCACCUCACUAUGGUGGCACGCGAGAAAUCUGGGAUGCACUCCGUGCUGCUGUGGACGCUGAUCUGAACUUGGCACAGACAAUUAUCGACAGUGCUGGAGUAAUUGUGCAAAAUCAUGACCUGACUGUUUGCUAUGAUGAGAGAGGUGCAAAGUAUGAACUGCCUAAUUAUGUUAUGAGUGAGCCUACAAACUUGAUCAGUGACCGUGAAUCUUGAGAACUGGAAGUUAAACCAAAAUUGACAAGGCUGUAAAUCAUGUAAAGCAAUACUAUAGUGGUUUUUUCAUGUAGACCUGCAGGAAUAUCUGCACAAUUUUUUUUCUGCCGUAUAUCCUAUCGGAAAUAGGCUCAUUGACUCAACUCAGCUACUGAGGGGUGAAUUUAGAUGCAUCUGGAGAAACAUGUGGUGUACUAUUCUACUUCAGUUUAUUUGUUGCUACGCUAUGUGCUAGAGUUUACAGAUGAUAGGUUAUCCAAGCAACUGAACAAAGAUACUAAUUGCUCUUA